AUGAUUGCAGUACUAGACAAGGUAGAACAAAACUUCAAAAAGGUGGGCAUAAGUUGUGUACAAGGAAAUGCAUGUGCGCCUUAUGCAGUCAUUUGCCAUGGUGACUUUUGGAAUAAUAAUAUAUUAUAUAAAUUGGAUAGCAACCAAUGCGCUGAAUCUGCAAAAUUUGUAGACUUUCAAAUUGCUCGGUAUGCUGCCCCAGUACUCGAUUUAAUUCAUUAUACAUUUACUUGCACGGAAAAAACUUUUCGAGAUGCUCAUCUUAAUGAAUUACUUGAUAUCUAUUAUAAAUGUUUAGCUAAACAUAUAUGUCUAUUCGCUUUAGACCCAACAAAAAUUUAUCCAGAGCAAAUUUUCAAGCAACAAUUAUGUAGAUAUGGAAUUUUUGGGCUAUGUAUGGCUGCAUUCUCUAUACCAUUUUUUAUAUCUAAUUCUAAUGAAUUAGUGGAUUUGGAUGAAGUUUGUGAAGCAAUUUCUGUAAUAUCUGCACCUGAGGACUCAACAACACAAAACGCAAACAACAGUGUACCGAGCUCGUCAAAGGACUCAGCGAACAAAAGUGAGGAAAAUAAUGAAAAGAAUCGUGCAUUAAUUAAUGAUUAUUAUCUUUUAACUCCACGUUCGGAGCCUAUAUUUAAAAGACGCAUGACAGGGGUUGUAUGUGAUAUAUUAAAGUACGACAUGGCGGAUUAUGUAUUAAAUUUAUAAAAGUAGUAAUUAUGUUA